AUGUUAACAAAUUGGCUCGACGAGAACGAACCGAAUCCAUUACCUUCUUAUGCAAUCUCUACGAUCGGUGUCGGUGGUCUCGUAGUGAAUAGCAAGCGAGAAGUAUUACUUAUACAAGAACGAUUUGCUUAUGUUGACGAUUAUUUCAAAUUACCUGGUGGUGCUCUUGACAUCGGAGAACCUAUUGAAUGUGGUGUUGAGCGUGAAGUAUUUGAAGAAACAGGUAUUCGUGCUCAUUUUCGUGGUGUACUUGCGUUCACCUACGAUAAUAAUUUUCGCUUCGAACACGGCGAUGUUUAUUUCGCUUGCUUAAUGUCAUUAGAUGAAGAUGAAAAAGAUCAGCAGAUUAAUUUCGAUCCACUCGAAAUAGCUGCUUGCCAAUGGAUGCCAUUGGAUGAAUGGGCUAAUUCACCGGAAAAGCAUCCUGUACCUAUAACAUUACAUCUAGCACGUUUAACUAUUGACGUAUUGGACGGUCGAGAAAAUCUGCUUGAGCCUGAUCUAAUCAAAGUUAAACCAAAAAAUCCGAAACAACUACCAUGGAACAUAAUGAUGUAUCGAAAAAAGUCUAGUGAGAAAAAAGAAUGA